CAGGUGGGGGGCAGGGGGAAGGGAGGGAAAAGAGCUCUGGUAUUUGAGUCCGGGCUGGAGGAGGAGGGCGAUGCCAAGCAUCUCCACCCUGGGGGGAGGCACUUCUUCGAGGGGAGGAGGAACGUUAGCUCCCUGGUUGCCCUGGCCUUCCUAGGAGGUCUGGGGUACAGCCAGGAGUCCCCACAUCUCAGCUAAGGGGAGGAGCUGCGAAUCCCUCACACUCUCCAAGAAGGAGGGUAUUGGGCGAGGGAGGGGGGACUUCGGCCGGGUCCCUUUGAAGCUGGAAACCUGAGCCCCGCCCCGCUGCAGGACACACCCCCCAUCCCCUAGGGCCUGUCUACAGCUCAUAAAGUGGGGCUCCUUCAUUGAGUGGACAGCUGCAAUAGAGGAUCGGACUUGGCGCACCUGAGAGGACAGGAGAGCCGGAUCCCUAGAGAGCCUUCGUCUCGGCUACGGCGCCCAGGCCACCCUCCGAGAAUAGAAAGAUGCGCUGCGCCCCGAGUACCGGAGCUGCGCUAGUGCUCUGCGCCGCCACGGCGGGGCUGCUGGGCGCCGCCGCUGCCAGCCGCGACGAGGGCAGCCCGGGGGCCCCCGAGCUCCGAAUGCCCCGCGCCGGGCCCGAUGCCAAGUAUGCCUCGUGGGACGAGGUGAACGUGAUCGCUCACGGGCUCCUGCAGCUCGGACACGGGCUUCGGGAGCACGUGGAGCGGACGCAGGGCCAGGUGAACGACAUCUACCGCCGUCUCCAAGCUCGCGAGCCAGCUUGCGAGGACCCUCUGCGCCGCGCGCGUCACAGCUCCGAGGACCCUGCCCAGCUGCAGAGCCCCGACGGGAGCCCCGUGGACGGGAGCGCCCAAGGCACUGCCAGCCGCGCGGAGCCGUCACGGGCGGCCCAACUGGAGACCGAACUCCAGCAGCUGGACGGGAAGGAUGGCCAGGGACUAGAGACCAGCACUGGGGGCGCCGCCUGGAGAGCUGUGCGCAGCCUGCAGACCCAGCUUCGGGCUCAGAACAGCAGAAUUGAAGAAUUGUUUCAGAAGGUGGCCCAGCAACAACAGCACCUGGAAAAGCAGAACUUGAAGAUUCAAACAUUGCAGAGCAAGCUCCAGGGCCUGGCUCCUUUACAGCUGGGGCAGAUACCACAAAGACCUAUGGGAAAGAAGAACACCCCAAAGAUGGCUCGACACAUUCGACCAGUCCCCAACAAUAGUGACAAGCCUAAGCUGCCCCAGGAUUGCCAUCAACUCUUUCUGGGUGGAGAACGCCAGAGUGGACUCUUCCAAAUUCAGCCCCAAGGCUCUUCACCUUUUCUGGUGAACUGUAAGAUGACACCAGAAGGUGGCUGGACAGUAAUUCAGAGACGCCUGAAUGGAUCAGUGGACUUUCAUCAACCCUGGGAGGCCUACAAGUCAGGCUUCGGAGACCCUAAUGGGGAGUUUUGGCUGGGUCUGGAGAAGGUACAUCACAUCACUGGAGACCGAGGAAGUCGCCUUGCUGUACAGCUAUUAGAUUGGGAGGGCAACGCCCAGUCUGUCCAAAUCCCCUUCCACUUGGGAGGAGAGGACACGGCCUACAGCCUGAAACUCACUGGGCCAGUGGCCGGAGAGCUGGGCCCAGCCACAGAGGAUGGACUCUCAUUACCCUUCUCUACUUGGGACCGUGAUCAUGACCUCAGGACAGACCUGAACUGUGCCAAGAACCUCUCCGGGGGCUGGUGGUUCAGUACUUGUGGCCAUUCCAACCUCAAUGGAAAGUAUUUUCACUCCCUUCCCCGGCAGCGGCACCAGAGGAAGCAGGGCAUCUUCUGGAAGACUUGGCGGGGACGCUACUACCCUCUACAGGCCACCACCAUGCUAAUCCAGCCCACAGAAAGUGCUACCUCCUAGCCUCAUUGAAGAGCUAACAGAAAGAAACCAUAGCUCAGUGGGCCAAAGACUCAACAUAAAUGCAAAAAGAGAACUCUCUCAUUCUUCCCUUUCUGAAUACCCGUGGUGAUAACAGGCUCCCUGGACAUAUGCCUGGGCCAGGGUCAGGACUGAAAAAGGUAUAAGGAAUAAGAGAGGAACCAGGCCAAACCUUGGAAUCUAGCCCUUCCAUCUUGAAGAGACACUGUUUACUCCUUUCUUCCCCUUUUUUAAUCCAUUGCCCUCUUAAGGGUAAACCUAUGGUACCAACAGUGCUCCUCAUCUAUCCUGUUACACAGAAGAGUUCUAUAUAUAAGUGAAAGGGAGGGGCUGGGUUCUCUGACCCUGGGGACUAGUGGGGAAGAAGCCCAAGUUGAGGGCUCAUGGCUGACUAGGAGUUUUGCCUAGCUGUCUUCAGUCAUAUUGACUGGACUGGGAUGAUGGGACCAAGAAAUGGGGGAUCUAGGAUGGUGACCCUAGAGUGUCUCCAUUUCAAAGCCCAGCCCUGAGGUCUACUGAGGGGUCAGGGUAAUUUGUAAAUAACUGCCUUGUAAAAGGAUUUAUUAUCUAUGGGUUUGUGGGGUCUGGCUGGGAUUACCAGGCCUCCUCAGAUGUGUUUGUAAUAAAAAGAAUGAAAGAA